UAUUUGUCACAGAGGAAUUAUCCCUUUCGACCAAUCAGAGAGCGUUCUAUGCAGAUGUCCCGCCUCCAAAUAGUAGUCGAAAACACGAGAGCCCUGAAACGAGCAUGGAUGCUUGGCUCAAAUUUAAGCACAGAUCCAGGGUAGCUAUAAAUGCGUAUGGGAGAUAUUUGAAAAAGAAAUUUGCGCUUCUUGAUAAUUGCACCGAAAUAAAGGUAUAAACGAUAUCAACCCAAAAUGGCAAUCGAUUUCAUGUUUUGCGAUCGCAAGCAGAGUGGGGAAAACAACAACUCAUGGCCGGUGUGUCAGAUUUGGCCGGAGACCAUGAGGUUGUAUUUAAAAAGGGGGCACAACUUAGACUGGACUCACUUUCUCUAAGUGAAUCUUCACCCCACCAUUCAGGGGGGAUUCGUUAAUGAUCUAGAGCUUACAUUCGGAGCAAUUUCUGGAGCCAUGGAGGCGUUUAGCACGAACAAAUCGAGGCUGAGCUUCAACGAGAAGCAUGGCGGUAGACUUUGUUCUGAGACACCUAGCUUGGCCCAUGUUUUGACGGUUGUGACUGCUCUCGUGUUUAUCGCCACCCCUGUAAUUUAUUCGCUCUCCGUGCUCCGAGCCCAAGCAGCCCUCGUAGCCGAGCUUCGCGCUGAAAUGACGGAGCUGCAAGAACGCGUUCGUCGCCUUGAGGCCGUCGCUCCGAUGCAAAAACCGGAUCAGGAUGAGGCUAAGAAUCUGGAAAGGAUUUUGGCAAACUUUGGCGAAGAUCAGGGAGAAGGAGAUGCGGAUGAAAACCAGGAAAGAUACAAAGACAAUGACUUCCUUGACAAACUUUUUGGGAAGUUUGAGCUGGGUUCCGAACCGGAUAAUACACAAUGGGAAGAAGAUAGAAACAAUGCAUGGUAUCACGAUCCUGAGGAAAAGAUGUUGACCGAAGUCGACAGCCUCAAGAUGUCACAGGAAGCAGAAGACCCCUCGACUGAUUCAUACAGAACAUCCCUCCGUCGCCAUGGCGACCAACUUUUCACCAAUCACCGGGCGGAGCGAGAUGACGUCACAUGGGAAUCCAUCAAAGGGCGAGGGCAUAGGCGGCCCAGACGGCAGGCAGAAAACCGUGAGUCAAGGAGGAAUCGCAAUCGGGAUGAGAAAAGGGCUAGUAGGAGGAACAGGGGAAACCGAGGGAGCACAGGGAAACGAGACCGAGGGAACGAGGAAACUCGUCGACAAAAUGGAGGAGGAGAAAGUCCGCCACAAUAUGAGUCUGCAUACAUACAUUUCGUAGGAAAUGUCAGCUCGCGAGUACGAACACAUCCAGAAAGCGUGCACCCACUCUCGCCUAGGAUGGUGAAUAUUACUGAGAAUCUGCUGAGUGACUGGGCCUAUGCAUAUUGGACACCCCGUCGUCAAAAAGAGAACUUUGUUUUAAACAAUGGAGUAGUCACAGUAAAGGAGCCUGGCGUUUACUUCAUAUACAGCCAGGUUCAAUUUUUCGACGACCACCGAUUGAAUGGCCACGUCAUAACGAUCCAAGGCAUCGAAGAAGAGAGAUUCAAAUGCGCCGAAAGACCGGCGCAGAACCCUCUCAGCAUGCAAACCUGUUACGUGGGAGGACUAGCAUUUCUCCACCGCGAUUCACGGGUAGCUGUCCGCCUGGCUUUCUCUCACCGAUGGGUUAAUAUGCACAGAGACAGUACCUACUUCGGCAUGUACAAAGUGGCGGAUCUUUCAAAACAAGAUUGAUUUUGGAAUUAGACAUGAAAUUCAUGGAUUUUGCAGUCUAUUGAUCUUCCAUUCCCUGGAAAGUGAAGGUCAAGA